AAGUAACAUUUUUUCACUUCUCUUGUUAUACAGCAUAACUAUAAAACUCUAGUAUUACAUUGUUUAUUUUAUUUUUUUUCAAUUAUUUAAAAUGUGUUUCUGGAUAUUUUAGUAUGCUAAAAAUUAAAUGCUUCCUUUUUUUAUAAUUUUUUUUUUCCAGUCUUACCAAAUAGUAAAACUGCUGGCCAAGUUUGAGAGCCUUUUGUUCUGGCGGCGCUACCGUUAGUCAUUCAGGCGGAACUGGUUCUGUUCAAAACCAUUUUUUAUAACGUCUUUUUCCUGGUGCUUCGCGUUGCCAGCAUUGGUCCUGUUACUAUGGUGACAGACAUUGUAAAACGUUUUGAACAAUGGGGAUUGAGUGGCACAGUAGGCUUCUGUUGCAGUCCGUUUGGAUUCUGGGGAGUAAUGCAAGUAAGUACAAACUCAACUCGCAUGGACCUUGACGUUAAACGGACUAGAUGUAUGCACGAGUGUAAACUUGAUAGCAUUCAAGACACGCAGCAGGACUGUGACAGACCAGUUCCCGAUAAGUUAGGCACCCGUCAGCAAGAAGCCAUCGGCAGUGAAAUGCAACCAAAUGACAAAGAGCUGCUCUUUAGUCGGUGCAAGAAAGGAAAAGCACUCCCUGCUAAAUCCCAGUAUGCUGCGGUGGAUACGCUUGAAAACAGGUUCUUGAAAGUGCGACAGAGUUUACUGAGAAAUACAAAUGAAAAUGUCAGUCAAGAUUUUAAUGAGCAGGCAAUUGAAACCCUGCAAAGAGUUAUAGCAGGAGCAGAUCUACUGAAAAAAGAAGAGGCUACGAUGAGUAUCCUUGGGUCAAAAUAUGACUUCCACAUGGAUCAUAAAGCCUUACACCUGCCCUUUGGUUACUGUAUUAAAUCUAAUUCAACAAGAUCCGUUGAAUGCUCCUCAAACCCAUCCAAAGCAGUUUUGAAGGAAAUCUCAAAGGCCAGAGAAAGAAGCAGAGCUGACAAAAGUUCAUCUUUGAAGAGCAGACAUCUUGACUUCUUUGAAGUUGUGAAGGAACAACUGCAACAGAAGGACUUGGAGAAUCAACAUCUAGUCCAAUUGUUGCUGGUCAAGCAACAAGAACUGAAAGAUAUGAAAGAGGCGUCAAAGCAAAAAGAGAAGGAAACCCAACUCGUCAUUGAAAAGCUCAAGUGUGAGGAACAGAAAAAUAACGAAAUCACCAGCAGGUUUGAACAAACCUCUGAAGAGUUGAAGAAGGAACUCACUGAAGCCAAAAGUAACAGCAAAAUGUCUAUGAAGCAGCUUAAAGCGCUGAUGGAGAAAUACGAGCGCUUGAAAACACGUGCUAAUGCCACGAAAGACCAACUCAAAGUGGAGCUCCAUGAAAAAAAGAGCUGUGAGAAAUCAUUGAGGAAACUCCAGCAGAUGUCUCAGGAGCUGCUAACCAAGCAGAAGCUUCUGGAGGAGCAAAGAGAUGUAGCGGAUCGAGAUCUCGCUUUAUGUAAAGAGACACUUCAGAUGAUGGACGCCGAACACCAAAAGAACAUCAGCAUUCAUCAGAGACUUGAGGAGGAGAUAUCAGCCACGAGAAGUGAAUCUGCAAACCUCAGAGAACAUUUACGUAAAGCUCAGGACAGGAACAAGGAGCUCGUUCAGUCGACUCGCUCCAGAGAGUCUGACAAUGAGAAGAAGGUUAAGGGGUUUCAGGAGGUGACUGAGAAACUGAACGCAGAGUUGGAAAAUUGCAAGACCGAAAGAGACAAAGCGCUUCAACAGGUUGAGGCUGUGAAAUAUGAAUCGAAACUGAUCCACAACAAGCAGAGAGUGGAGAUGCUUCAGCUGCAGGAGACGCAAAAAGCUUGCCUGCAGCAGUCGGAUGGUUUGAGAAGAGAGUGUGGGACUUUGAUGGAGAUGGUCAGUAAACUCAAGAAAGACAAGCAAGUCCUGACAGAGAAGCUGGAGAGCAUUCAUAAAGAAAAGACGGUGUCGGAGAAGGCAAGCACACAGGAGGGGGCACGACUCAAAGAGGCCAUUCGACUGCUGGAGCGAGAGAGAGAGGUGCUGUUAUCGGAGAUGGAGGACUUGAGAAAGGAUUACCUCGGCCUCAGCGACAAGAUCACGCAGAAAAUAGGUCAGAUGGAUGCAGCUGAUCCUCCCAUGACCAUCACUGACAUCACUACAAACCAUCAAAGAAAUGCUCAGAAGUUCUCACACGCCGAUGGUGGAAUGAUUCCUGAUGAUGGUAUGUUGAUGUUGAUAUUUUGCAUUGUUUUAAAGCCUAAUUUAUUCAAAUUAUAUUCUAAAAGAGCAAAGUUCAGAUAAGAAAUGAUUGUAUUUUUAACAUUUUAGUGGCAUUUAGUGACAUUUUUGGCUUCUUCAUUACAGCUGCCUUCAAGCUACGCAAGCUUCUUAAACUUUUUUGAUAACUAGAAAAAUGAAUUGUUUAAAAAAAAAAAAAAAAAAAAGAGCGUCACCAUUCAAAAGUUUGAGGAUAGUAAGAUUUUAAGUUAAUGUUUAUUUCAUUAAAUUAAUUUAAAUUAACAAAGGCUUUGGUAUUAAUUGCUUUUUUUAACCUUGUAUCCAAAAUUGUAUCGUUGUAUGUUUUUUUUUUUUUUUUUUU